CAUUGUUUUCUCUACAGCCUUUAACUGAACAAUUGCACAAUAAACGGUCAAACACAUGACAUUAAAAAUUAUGAUUUAAAUCAACAAACGAUGCGUAAUCCAAAGACUGGGACCUGAAAAUAAUUACUCCCAUCCGCCUUGAACACAGCAUCCCGUACCCGCCAUUCUGUUGUCACGUGACGAUCUAAUGCAAUAUGGCGGCGCACUGUAUUAGCUAUUUAGCAUCACUGAUGGAAUAAGAGUCCCACGGCGUGUUUAUUUUAGGAUUUUAAAGGGAGUGUUCUCUGAAAUUCAGUGUAACGUUGGUAUGGGCUAAAGCCAGGCUGUUGACGUUCUGAACCUGACAGCAGCCAUGGCCGGAGGAGCAUCGACCAGAUACAAACUGGGAGACCUUGUCUUCGCCAAGAUGAGGGGCUUCCCCCAUUGGCCUGCUCGGGUCUGCAGUAACGAUGUAACCAAGAAAAUGAUUGGUGUGUUCUUCUUCGGGACCCACCAAAUUGGUCUGGUUCUGCGGGACAAAGUGGUACCUUAUGCGGGAAAUCAAGCCAAGUAUGGCAAAGGGGUGCGGAUCAGAGGAUUCACAGAAGGCAUGUGGGAGAUCCAGAACACACCAGGUGUUGAAAGUAAACAAAAGUCGCCAGCUAAGACAAGUUCUCCUAAAGCUCCAACGGGGAAGGAUCCUGCUCCACAGAAAAGCCCUAAUCGGGGGGGCAGGCGUCCAAAACGAAGCCCAGCUGAACCUGCUAGUGGGUCUGCUUCUGUUGACACUCCUGCUGAAACUACGAAACCCACGUCAGCUGAACCUGCUAGCAGCUCCAUACCUGGUGCUGGUAAAACAGUUGUUGCAACACCAAAAUCGAAAACCACGAAAGCCCCCACACCAAGAGAGACAACCUCACCGACGGCUACAUCUGUCACUGAAGAGGUUAUUCAACCGAAAGUCCGACGCACGCGCAGUUUGAAAAACGCUAGUAGCCCUCAAACAGAGCAUAAGGCCAUUAAAGUCUUGCCAGCCAAACCUUCUGGCAUUUCUGCGGCCCUAGCUGAAGCAACCACUGCUGAAACUAGCAUUCCAAGCCCAGCUAAAUUCCCUCUAAACUCUCCUCCUUUAACAAAUGCUACCACAGCUGAAACUAGCCAAUUAAGCUCAGCUAAAGCUACAAGGAGCACUACUCCUGUAACCAAGGCUACCACAGCCAGUAUUAGCAAACCAAGCCAAGCUAAGGCUACAAGGAGCUCUGCCCCCUUAACUGAUGCUACCACGGCUAACAUCAGUCAACCAAGCCUAGCAAAAAAUACGAGGAGCUCGACUCCGUUAACCGAAGCUAUCUCUAGUAAAUCAAGUCCAUCUAAAGUCACUAGGAGCUCUGCUCAAUUAACUAAUGCUUCUGUUGAUGAUAACACCACCAAAGCAACGCCAGCGAAACCUGCUACCAUCUCUAUUCAUUUACCUAAUGUCAGCAAUGCUAAAUGCCAAUCAAGCCCAGCUAAAGUUACAAGGAGCUCAGCUCCAUUGAUCGAUGCUUCCACAACUAAUGCUGGCCAACCAAGCCUAGCUAAAGCUACAAGAAGCUCUACUCCGUCAACUGAUGCUACCACAGCCAAUGCUAUCCAACCAAGCCUAGCUAAAGCUACAAGAAGCUCUACUCCUUCAACUGAUGCUACCACAGCCAAUGCUAUCCAACCAAGCCUAGCUAAAGCUACAAGAAGCUCUACUCCUUCAACUGAUGCUACCACAGCCAAUGCUAUCCAACCAAGCCUAGCUAAAGCUACAAGAAGCUCUACUCCUUCAACUGAUGCUGCUACCACAGCCAAUGCUAUCCAACCAAGCCUAGCUAAAGCUACAAGAAGCUCUACUCCUUCAACUGAUGCUACCACAGCCAAUGCGAUCCAACCAAGCCUAGCUAAAUCUUCAAGAAGCACUUCUCCUUUAACCAUUGUUAACAAAUCGAAUGCUAGCCAACCAAGCCUAUCUAAAGCUACAAGGAGCUCUGCUCUAUUAACUGAUAGUACCAUUGUGAUCGCUAGCCAGCCAAGCAUAGCUAAAGUGAAAAUGAGCUCUACUCUUUUAACUGAUGCUAUCCCAGCUAAUGAUAGCCAACCAAGCCGAGCUAAAGCUACAAGGAGCUCUACUCCUCUACCUGAUGCUAUCACAGCUAAUGCUAGCCAACCAAGCCGAGCUAAAGCUACAAGAAGCUCUAGUCCGUUAACUGAAGAUAUCACUAGCAAACCAAGCCCAUCUAAAGUCACUAGAAGCUCUACUCCUUUAACUGAUUCUAUCACAGCCAAUGCUAGCCAACCAAGCCAAGCUAAAGCUACAAUAAGCACUGCUCUUUUGACCGAUGCUACCACGGCUAACACUAGCCAACCAUGCCCAGCUGAAGCUACAAGAAGCUCUGCUCUGUUAACUGAUGAUAUCACAGCUAAUGCUAGCAAACCAAGCCUAGCUAAAGCUACGAGGAGCACUACUCUGUUAACCGAUGCGACCCCAGCUAGUGCAAGCCAACCAAGCCUAGCUAAAGCUACAAGGAGCUCUGCUCCAUUAACCGAUAGUACCACAGCUAACGCUAGCCAACCAACCACAGCUAAAGCCACAAGGAGCUCUAGUUUGUUGACCGGUGCCCCAAUAGCUAACGCUAACAAAUCAAGCCUAGCUAAAGCUACAAGGAGUUCUACUCCAUUAACCGAUAGAACAACAGCUAGCGCUAGCCUUCCAACCACAGCUAAAGCUACAAGAAGCUCGACUCCUUUAACCGAUAAGACUACAAGUAAUGCCAGCCAAUCAAUCCAAGCGAAAGCUAAAAGGAGCUCUGCUCCAUUAACUGAUGCCAUCACAGCUACCAAAGUCACCCCAGCUGAACUGGCAAGCAGUUCCAUACCUGGUGCUGGUCCAACCGCUGAUCAGACUGCAGACCAAACGCCUCCACCUCAAACCAUGACACCCCCCACACCUAGAGAGACCACCACGCCGUCGGCUCCAUCCGUCACUGAAGACGCUACUCAUCCUCAAACCACGACAGCCCCCACACCUAGAGAGACCACCACGCCGUCAGCUCCAUCUGAAGGCGCUGCUGAACCCCAAGUCCGACGCACACGCAGUUCCACCACUUCAGCUCCCCAGUCCGAUGGACCUAGUGGUUCUAGUAGUCACGGUACUACUCACACGAGGAAGAGGAGGGGAGAGGUGGAACAGGAGGAAGGAGAGAACACGGAAGGAAAGAAGGAGGAUGGGAGCGUUGAGCCGACCGAGGCAAAGGAGAAGUCCACCGUUGAAGAGGACCAGCAGCGGCAGCAGCGUCUGGCUGUCAGGAGAGAGAAUGUGCUGCGUUCUCUGCGGGGUCUGAUCACCACCAGGAGAGGAAGAGGAGGCAGGAGGAAGGAAACCACGUGGAGCCGUCUGGGUCAGCGGGUGAGAAAGGUGGAGAGGCUCCGCAGCAAGACGGCCACCGCGGCACCGAGCCAAUCAGCACGCGGCAGAGGACGGAGGCGCUCCACCACCGGCGGAGACCGGACACUCACUCACGAGGAGCUGAGGAAGGAGGAGGCGGGGAGGAAGGAGACGAGGGAGGAGGAGGAGGAGGGGAGGAAAGAGGAGAAGGACGGGAGCCAGGGCACCAGAGGGAGUAGAGGAGGGAGAAGAGGAGGAAGGAGAGGAAGAGGACGAGGGAGGGGAGGAGGCGGGAGAGGGAGGAGCCCAGCGGCGAAGCAGGAGUCUGAACCACAGGAAGACCGGAGGAGGAGCAAGAGAGGCGCAGGGGUGGAGGAGGAGGAGGAGGAAGAGAGGAUGGAGGAGGUGAAGCCACCACAGAGGAAGAGGAGAACUACCCGCCCAGAGGAGGAGAAGGAGAGGAUGGAGGAGGUGAAGCCACCACAGAGGAAGAGGAGAACUACCCGCCCAGAGGUGAAGGAGGAGGAGGAGAGGAUGGAGGAGGUGAAGCCACCACAGAGGAAGAGGAGAACUACCCUCCCAGAGGAGAAGGAGGAGGAGAAGGAGGAGGAGAAGGAGGAGGAGGAGAGGAUGGAGGAGGGCGGAGCUGAGCUGCAAGGCAUGCUGGGUGAUGGAGUUGAGCAGCAGAGUGUCGGGGAGACCAGAGGAACGCUGCUGGACUCCACGCUGCACCGUAUCCAUGGCGACCUGCGCAUCGCCCUCAAGUCAGACAGCCCUGAUGUGUCCAGGUGUGUGUCUGCGUUGGACCAGCUCAGCAUGCUCUAUGUGACGUCUCGUCACGUUCAGAAGCACAGUGAGCUUGUGUCUACACUGCGGAAGAUGCGCUAUUACAGAGCGUGCCAGGCUGUGAUGGACAAGGCGUCCAUGUUGUACUGUCGCUUUAAGAACUCCUUCCUGCUGGGGGAGGGAGAGGAGGUGCUGAGCCAGGCCUACCUCCACUCACUCCUCCAGGAGAGGGAGAGGGAGGAGCAGCAGAGGUGGAAGCUGGAGGAGGAGAGGAGGAAGAGAGGGGCGGAUGGAGAGAGCAGAGGAGAAGAGGAGGUGCAGAGCAUUCAAACACAAGGUCCAAUGGAUGCUUCCUGAACCAUAUGGAAUGUACAAACUCUGAUUGAAUGUUCUUUCAGUUGGAGAUUUCCUGAAUGAACAUGUUUUUUGCUUUCAUGUAUAGUUUGAGUGUGUGUCCGUUUAUACUUUAUACUUUUAGUUUAUUUGAAAAAGGUUGGUACCGUUCUGUAUCAUAGCAUCUUGCUUUCAAAAUAAAAACAGUUUUGAUAAA